CGUGGGGCCUGGACUUCACCGAGACCGAGGUCAUGCCUUCGUUCUACCUGCCCAACAUCAGCCGAGAACACUUCAGCCUCUACCUGCAGGAGACGGCUCAGAGGGAGAAGAUUCACGAGCGCUGUAAGAACAUUUGCCAGAGCAGAGACGAUCUGUCCGUGCCCACCAUCACCAAUAAUCACGAUAAAGCCAGAGCUGAACUGGAGCAGGUGCCCAAGAUCUUCAUGAAGCCUGAGUUUGUGCUGAAUGAUCCAGUCACGUUUAACGCUGUGUUGCCGUGGUCUCACUUCAGCGUCGCCGGGGGCAAGAACAGCCGAGAUGUUGCAUCGUCACGGUUACUGCAGGAAAAGUUGAGUCACUAUCUGGACGUGGUGGAGGUGAGCAUCGCUCGGCAGAUCUCUCUCCGCUCCGAGGCCUUUUUCCACGCCAUGUCAUCUCAGCACGAGCUCCAGGACCGUCUGCGAGAAACGGCAGACGCCGUGGCCAAGCUGCGCGCGCGCACCGCCGCCAUCGACCGCAUCAUGUGCCGCGGGCCGCUGCAAGCGCUGCGAGACACUCUGACCCGCAACAACUGCAUCAAGCUACACAACAAGCUCAAGCUGAUGGCGGCGGUGCACCAGACGCAGCCCACGGUGCAGCUGCUCCUCUCCACCUCAGAGUUCGUGGGGGCGCUGGAGCUCAUCGCCACCACCAAAGAAGUGCUGCAGCAGGAACUGCAGGGGAUUCACAGCUUCGGACAUUUGGGUUCUCAGCUCUGUGAGAUGGAGAGGUUGAUCGAUAAGAUGAUGGUGGCCGAUUUCUCCACGUACGCUCAGAGCGAUCUCAGCCGACCCUUUGAGGAGGACAGUCAGGUCCUGGAGAAGGAUCGCUUGCAGUCUCUGGUCUUUGGCCUGUUGAGACAGAGGAAGCUGGAUUUCCUGGACAUCUACAGCGAGGAGAUGGUGCGCGCCGCCAAGAACAUCGUUCGACAGUGUGUUGUGAAGUCCGUGUCGCAGAUCAGUGAGAUCGAUGCAGACGCAGUCAGAUUUCAUGAGCAGAUGCGCCUGAUGACGUUUCCUCAGUGGUUUGAUCUGCUGCUGGAUAUUUUUGAACACUUCAUCCUGUUCCUCAAGAGGAUCAAGGCUACGCUCAGCGUCAUCCGCAACGUGGUGCUGGAAGUGCUGGACAGCAGCCAGAGGAGUCGGCUAGCAGACGUUUCCUCGGCAACCAAUCAUUCUGACGGCAGGACCAAUGAGGACGAAGAGGAGGAGGAGUCCGGAGGCCCCGCCUUUCAUUCAGGAGAGGCGGAGCUCGCGUAUCUCACACAUGAGGGGCUGUUCAUCAGCGAUGCGCUGAAUGAAGCGGAGCAGCGCAGUAACGCAUCAGCACAUGCGCAAACGAGAGCUCAGACGUGCACAGAUGCCUGCGGGAGCGACUCGGCCUCCGCAACCACCGAAUCUUCCUCCAGCAGGGAACACAACUCCAACACUACCUCCUCCCUGCCCAUAGGGGGCGCUGCUGCAAUCAGUGAGGAUGUGAUGCCGUCAGAUCUGGAGUUGGGUCGGGUGGCCAAUAACGUUCAGGAGCUGCUGUACACGGCAUCUGACGUCAGUCACGACCGCUGCGUUAAAGUGCUCAUGACACGAGCCAAGGACGGCUCUCUGGAGCGCCUGAGCUCGUCAGAGUUCGUGUGUUUGAGUCAGGCGGUGGAGUCGUUCGUCUCAGACACUGAGGAGCUGUGCGGCCGGCGCAGCAUGAGCCUGAGGGGGGCGCUGCAGAGUCAGGCCUACCGCUUCGUGCAGCGCUUCCACGAGGAGCGCAAGACUAAACUCAGUCUGCUGCUGGAUAAUGAGCGCUGGAAGCAGGCCGAGGUCCCGGCUGAGUUUCAGGAUCUGGUGGACUCCAUCGCUGACGGACGCAUCACGCUGCCUGAGCGCAAACCCGCAGGGUCCGAGGACAGGAAGCCCAGUGAGUUUCUGUGUGUCGACGGGCAGAAGUAUGCUGUGGUCGGGACGGUGCUGCUGCUGAUCCGGAUGUUUCUGGAGUACUGCCAGUGUGUGAACGACAUUCCCUCCAUCACCACCGACAUCCUCACGCGCCUCGCUGACCUGCUCAAGCACUUCAACUCCCGCAGCUGUCAGCUGGUGCUGGGGGCGGGAGCUCUGCAGGUGGUCGGCCUGAAAACCAUCACCACCAGAAACCUGGCUCUGGCGUCUCGCUGUCUUCAGCUGCUGGUUCACUACAUCCCUGUGAUCCGAGCACACUUUGAGACCAGACUGCAGCCCAGACAGUACAGCAUACUGAGACACUUCGGCCACAUCACUAAGGACUAUAACGAUCACAUCGCAGAGAUCUCUGCUAAACUAGUGGCCAUCAUGGACAGCAUGUUUGAGAAGGCUCUGUCUAAGUAUGAGGUGAAGGCGCCGAUGCCGUCUGCAUGUUUGCGUAACGUGUGUAAACAGAUGGCCAAAAUGCACGAGGCCAUUAAUGAGCUCUUACCAGAGGAGCAGACGCAGAUGCUGUUCCUCAGGAUAAACGCCAGCUUUAAACUGUAUCUGAAGAGACAGUUAGCGCGGCUGGGAGUCUUCAAUGACGGCGGACCUCAGAACGGGUUGGUGAUGGUGGACGUGGCGUUUUACUCGGAGAACGUGCAGGCUCUGCGCUCUCUGGAGCGUCUGGACUUAAACAUGCCGGAGAUCUGGGAGCAGAAGAGGUGAUGACGGACAGCUCGUGCCGGCCAAUCAGGCCUCUCCGUCACGUCUGCCAUCACGGUGACCAGCUCUGAGGUCAGUGGAUGAACCGACUCGGCACUCGAGGUCUGGUGUGUUUGAAUACCUCCGAGACACUUCCCCAAUCACUGAGAGACUCCUGUGUGAACAGGACGGGCCCCGGGGGACCCGCAGAUUUCUUACGGAGACCAAAUCAGGCCAAGCUGGAGUGGUGGAUCAGGCGCAGCUGGGAAUUGUGGGGAAUAUGUUGUUUUGUUGUUGUAAAGCAGAGACUCGUCCUCAGUGCCUCCUUCAGUACCGCCACAACAGUGCAACGCUCCAUUCGUGUGCAAUUCUGUCUGAUUAUUGUUAUUAUUAUUGCUGAAUUAUUUAAUCACAGAGGAAUCAUGGAAUAUAGGUUAUUUAU